AUGUCGGCGAAACGAGGCGGCAUUUCAUUAUGUCUUCUACACCCGACAACAUCAAACAGACUUCCUCAUCAGAUUCGUCGCCCUGGCAACAUAACUUUUGGCCACAUUUCCUUGCAACUCUGUCAACUCGGCGGUUUCGCCACUCACGUCAGUGCAGAACCUCGUCGAUUGGGUUGUCCUUUUCAGUCUGUACCACUUUUCGUGUCUCGUCACCUUUGCCUCCGACCCCAGGCCGCUGUCAGGUCUGACCUAAUGGACCCUUUUUUUGUGGGUACCAAUUCGGCCGAGCCACGAGUGCCCAAUUGCUUUGGUGGCCUCACCGACGAGGUGACAACAGACUGUAUUGUGCUGUAUCUAUUCCAACGCUUCCGUUUAAGAUGA